AUGGACACGAACAGCCAGGAGGACACGAUGCCGUCAUUGAGAACUUACCUUCAGACGGUUCGGCGGCUAGUCUUUCAGGGAACCACAAGCACGAAACCCGCGUCCGGAAGCGGUGCAAUUUCGCAAAAUGCUGCUGCUGGCCAUGGUCAUGAUGGCAACACUACAACCACAGCCACCGGCACUAGAGGCAACAGGAUCGAAGACAAAUUGGUUCUAGUAAUGGGAAACCCAUCAGCCGAUCUAGACAGUUUUAUUUCAGCGGUUGUUCUGUCGUAUUUUUACAAUUCGAAGCCAUCAGACAGCAGCAAAUCAAAGAGAGACACCAGCACCAGGUAUGUGCCUGUUCUGAAUUUGCCGACCGUCAGGUCCCGCGAUCUAUGGCGUCUUAGACCGGAGUUUGGAGUCGCGCUCCGAUUUGCUUUGGGGGAAGACAGUAGUAGUACUACCAGUACGAAUGCAUUCCACGAUGAACAAGAACAAGAACAAGAACAAGGGCAAGGACAAGGACAAACCAAAGUGGGUGAAUUGGAGGAGCUAAUCACGGUCGCCGAUAUAAAAAGCGAUCCACGGUCGAAGUUAUAUUCUCUAUUUGCGAAUUCGAAAACAUCUUCCGGCAAUUCGUCUUCUCAUGACGACAACAGGGACUACGAUCAUGAGCAACAGCACCAACAACCACUUUUCCUCCUCGACCACAACGCCCCUUCAAUCCCAGGCCUCUCGGACCAAGAUAUCCAGGCCAGAUUCACAGUGACGGGCUGCAUUGACCACCAUGUCGACGAAGGAUAUGUUUCUCAGCAGGCGUCGCCGCGCAUCAUCACCACUGGGAUCGGCAGCUGUACGAGUCUGGUGGUCAAAUAUCUCCGUGACCAGGGGAUGUGGCCUGAAACUACUACUCGUCGUAGCGGUAUGGCCGACUCCAAGUCGGAUUCGAUAAAGCACAUCCAACAAAUCAGCAAGCUCGCCCUGGCCCCGAUUCUGAUCGAUACCUCGAACCUCCGGGCCACGGGGGAUAAAUGCUCCGAUGUGGACAGGGAGGCUGUUGCUUUUUUGAAGGAUAUCAUUGACAAUAAUGACACUCCGGCUCGGAGCCUUGAAUCUGCAAAUGUAGCGCAACAGCAACAGCAACCACAAGCCCGAAAGAAUUGGGACCACGAUGCAUUCUACCAUGCCGUAGCGACUGCAAAGGCCAACUCUCUGAAUCUCCUGACUAUGCAGGAGACGUUUGAUCGGGACUACAAAGCGUGGUGUGAGCCCAUCGGAGCAGCAGGAGGAGGCGACACGUCGUCUACUUCUACUAGCGGUGGUGGUGUCGAUGUCAAUAUCGGCAUUUCGAGUCUGGUCAAGCCGCUCUCAUGGCUGGUCAAGCAUGCAGGCGGCGCGGAGGCGUUUCUGAAUGAAAUCGAGACGUUUGCCACGGCCGAGGAACGCAGAUUGGGCGUGUUUGCCAUGUUGACGCGCGCAGGGAAUCGGAAGGAAGUAGUCGUUUUGACCUUCAACGACAAAUUACGUGGGUUGACUUCAGGCUUUGAAGACAAGGCUGGCAACGAGUUGAGGUUACAAACGUGGGACGAGGACUCUGAGUUGCUCAAGGCUCUGGAAAAUAGGUUCAACUCACAAGGGGAAUACAAGAUUUGGUGGAUGGGGGAUACGAGCAAGAGUCGCAAACAGGUCGGCCCGCUGUUGAGAGAGGCUGUGAGGAAGUUGUGA